AUGUAUCGGAAGUUGUCUAAGUUAGAACACUCGGAAAUAAAACAACUUCUUACAGAAGCUAAUAUAGAUGUUGCAAAGCAUUACGCAACAAACAAAAAGGCACUCGCUGACAUCCUCAAUGACUAUAAUGGUGCAAUAAGUUAUGAUAGAAUUCAUGAGUUCAUAAAGCCGCAACGCGGCGAGGACGAAGUCCAUGCAAUAGCAUUUCCUUUAAAUGACGUUGCUAUUGACUUAUAUCAUAGACGUUCAGUACCUCAUGAAGUAAGAAGAGAAAUGUUUGACAUAACAAAUGCAAACGUUGGUGAAACAAGAAGAAGAGACGACACACUGAAACAACAGAGAAGAGAGAUGUUUAAAAGUGCUAUAGAACAAGUUCGUAAAGCUAACGAUGUCAUUCGUUCCAUUGACGACAAACCAAAAGAAGGUGAGAGAUGGUUA